GUAAUCCUACAUAACAAAACCCGCAGUUAUCUCCCCCUCGUCGUGUUUACAAACUGCGUCGAAAUCUGGAUUAAAAGGAAAUCGCCGACAUCAAAGAGGAAAAUGUAGCGACUUUAAGGAUUUAAAAUCCUGCUAUGUCGCUACAUGGGAUACGUUGAAAGAGCGAUCAAACUGUGGUUUGAUUCUCACUACAUCGAUUUUGCUACCCUUUUUCUCAUACCAUAGCUGUUCAUAUCCUGUUCGAUCCCUCCUUCAAUCAGCUCAAUUUCCUUGAUUGUAAAGAACGGAGAUUUAUCCACCAAAGCCUGUUUCUCUCCUUCUCUUCGAACCGAUCAAGCAAACGUUUUGCCUAGGUUCCAAAAUAUAUUUAUACUAUAUAUAUAUUUGUGGAUUAUUCUAUCAGCAAUUCCUCAAUUCUUCCUUCUAACUCAACAGUAUAUUUUCACAAACACUCACACACACACACGCAUAACUACCAAUAUUAACCAUUAAACAUUCCAACAUGAUCAAGCUGUCCGACUUGCCUUUCUGUCGCGCCUAUAUCAUCAUCCGGGCUGUCCACACGGCUCUUGUUAUUGGAGUACCCCUCGUUUUAAUCACACAAGACACGGAGCUCCGUCGGGCCGUGUACUACUUUGAGCGGCCAAUCUAUGCCAUUUCUUACCUCCUACUGCUGACCUUCUCCCUGGUCAUGUAUUUCCUGGCUUGUCUCGUCAACCCGGGCUACAUAGAGACGCCCAGUAAAACAAAACUACCAAUGCUGAAUAACAAUUCUGAUGAGGAGGACAUUUACGAAGACAGUCAGAUGAUGAACAAGAUCAACAACUACAGACGCUGUGAUUUCUGUGAAGUUCAGCAACCUAUGCGAAGUAAACACUGCGAAGACUGCAAGAAAUGUGUCCGGAAGUAUGACCACCAUUGUCAUUGGCUUGAGACUUGCGUUGGAGAAAGAAAUCACAGAUUUUUUUGGCUGUUCUUGCUUUCAAUAGCUGCUCUCAUUCUUUGGACAAUUUCUAUUACCUGGAAUGCCAUUGUCUACAGAUGGGAAUGGCUGGUAUGGUUAAGGGCCAAUGCUCUGCUUUUCUGCGAUUUGUUCAUUUUAAUUAUUGCUGCAAUGGCUGUGUUGGGCUUGUUGGGGUUCCAUUCUUAUCUCAUCUCUCAGAACCUCACUACAUGGGAGUUCGUCUCCCAGGAGAGGAUUACCUACCUCAAAUACCUGGAUGACUCUUACAAUCCAUUCAAUGAGGGUUGUCCUUGCAAUGUCUAUAACUUUCUCUUUGACUGGAAAAUCCGCCACUGGGAGGCCCUCUACACCAAGAAAGCCAACAUGCAGAACACGGUUAGUGGUGGCAUCGUGUAACCAAAAAAAACUGAAAGAAAAUAGAAUAAACAAAAGACAUUUCUACAAUUUUUCCCUCCUUCCAAAAACUUCUUCCGCCCUUCCUUUUUUUUUUUUUAGCUUGUCCCUUGCUUAUUGUAUCUGUCUGAUGUCUAAUUUUGUUAUUUUUCUAAAAAAAAUUCUUGACAAAUCACUCCGCUCCCCUAUCUUUCUCUAUUCCUGUGAUUCCAGAAGAGAAUAUGUAAAAUGGUAAAAAAAAAAAAUUACCAAAAAAAGAAAAAAAGAACAGACACUUCCUGCAAAUGUAGUAUCCUUUCAACUAACCCCUAAUUGUCAUAGCUUAUAAUAUUUUGCUGACCAUAGUCCAGAUCGCUGAAUAAAUAUUUUUGCUUUCUCUGAUUUUUUUCUCCAUGUCUAACAAAGUUAGAGAAAAAUACACAUUAACAAUAUAUUUUUUCACUCUCCAUUAAUAUCUCUCUUACUCUCCAUCUUUUUCUUUCCCUUCUCUGUGUGUCUGUCUGUCUGUCUCCCUCUCUCUCUCCCUCCCUCCCUCUGCUAAAUCCAAUCUCUCAUUAUUUCUGUCUCUCUGAUCAUUUGUGUAUCUAUUCUUUCCUAUACACACACACACACACACACACACACAUGUAUCUUCUCAGUCCUUCCCCGUCCUCUCUACCUCUCUGUUUGACUAUCCCUAUUCUCUCCUCACCACCACCACCUUUCAAAUUCGCACAAAUGUUUUACUUACACAGUUGUUCCAUGUCAUUCUGUGCUACCAUACUAAUUAACCCCAAAUUAGCAAACCCUCACUACAUCAAUUCUUUAUAAAUGUUACAUAGCAAAUUAUUUCCUUCUUUUGUUUUUUUUUUCUUCUUUAUUUCAAUCUCAGCUAAAUUCUAUUUUUGCAACUACACCAUGCCUCGCAACCUCCACUUCUCAGAAAAUGUUGUUAAUUUUAACUGGAGGCACAUCAAACAACAUUCAAUGAAAUAUAAUUAUAUACAGUCUUAUUUAACGUGUUUGUGUAUAUUCAGAUAUGGAAAGACAAUAUGGUGCACAAGUUGUCUCCAGAGAAGAAAGCCACUUUAUAAACAAUAUGGGUGGAGAAACAUGCCAUGAAUGAUGUCACCAAACCAUAAGACACAUGCAUUUCUGUGUUGUUAUGCUUCAUCAACUAUGUCUAUCUAGCUGCUGUCAUUCAUGGCCUCUAAGAGCUGGUCACUCUUAUAUUAGAAUAGCAACUGAUACAUUUGCAGAUGUGUGAAAAGCUUUGUCAAGCUGGAAUGCAUUAAUCCAUUAACCCUUUCAUUACUGCAUUUUUUCUGAGAUGCUCUGCGUUUCUUUCAAUUAAUUUUAAAUAUAACAAAGAAUUUAGUAAAAUAACUAAGUUAUCAUUCAGCUAGUGUUAGGAACAUAAAUUGAGACUAAGGUUUGGUGGAAGAUUUUAAUUCAUAAUUUUUGAAAACAAAACAUUUGUACCACAGAGCCAGAGCCGGUUUCAUCCAGGUUGGUCAUGAAAGGGUUAAGCAUCAUUGAAUGAAAUAUACAUAUGUAAAUUCUUAUUUAACAUGAUGCUGUAUAUUCAGAUAUGGAAAGACAAUACACCGCACAAGUUGUCCCAAGAGAAGAAACUCCCCUUAUAGACAAUUUGGGUGAAAACACUCCAUGAGAUCAUGAAUGAUGUCACUGGAUUAUAGAACGUAUGCAUUUCUGCAUUGUUGCACUUCAUCAGCUACAUAUAACUAGCUGCCAUUGAUCAUGGCCACUAAGAGCUAAUCACUCUUAUGUUAGAACAUCAAAUGGUACCUUUACACAUGAAUGGCAUGUUAUCUUUGCAUGUCCACAUGUGCACAAACAUGUUAAAUAUGACCAUUCAUCUCCAUGUUGUUAGUGUUUAGCCCCAGGUUAGUCCUGAUCGAACAGACCCAUGAUAAUAAAAGGACAAUCAAAUCAUGA